GUUUAUGCAUGUAUGAAAAUAUUACUGUGUGCCAUAAAUAUGUACGAUUAUUACAUGUCAACUGAAAGUAAAGAGAAAAAAAGUAAACCAAAACAAGACCUGAGUGUCUCAGAGUCCUCUAAUCCCAUGAGGAAUCAUAUUUAAAGCUGACUAAAAUUAGGUCUUUAUUUUUAAUUAUGCAAAAAGAGAAAAUUCUUUUAAUAUGUGCCAAGGGGGAUAGGGAAAAUGAUAAGAUUAUAUUCAAAUUCUUUGAAAUUUGAAAACAAAGCAGUAAAGAUCCCACUACACAGAAAAGCAUGAAAAGGAAAAGGUUCGGGGUUGAUUCAAAUGGAAGAAAGCACAACUCACAUCACGGGUAGCAAUUUCUAUCUGAGAACUCAAGUUUCACCAGAAAAUAAUCUUUUUUUUUUUUUUUUUAAUUGUAGCUUUUAUCCUAACACUCUCUGAAGUACUCAGGGUCCAAGAAGCUUAAUGGUCAUUUGUCAAAAUAGUAAUUAUUUAAUUUUUUCCUAAGAAGUAUGAAAUUUUUUCAAAACCAGAAAUAAACCAAUGGAAAUAAAUAAAAAUUGCCUAGAUUUUCCUCAAUGGGAUGCAUGCCCUUAUUACCUUUGAGUCUGAUGUAUACGAAUUUAAACCAUUUUGUAAAAUUGCAAAUCCAAUCAUACUUAAUACUUUAGGAUUCCAAGCAAAGCUUCAAGCCUACAACAUAUUACAGGAAUUAUCUUUCCUGACAACUGAUGGAAACAUCUCUAAAAUAAGCUUUUGAAGUUAGUACAUUAAGCCUAAUUUAAUAUAAAGGCAAUUUAAUCUUACCUUCAUAUGAAAGAAAAAUACACUGUCAGAAUGAAGGAUUUAGUAAAGUCACAGUUAACUGCAGAUAUAUCACCAAUAAACACCUAAUUCCCUGUUAUAAUUAAAUCAAAGCCUCAUUAGGCUAGAGGGCGUGGCCGGGUGUGACCCAGUGGGAGGUGGGAAUCUCACCAAUAAAAGGCCCUCCUGUGCCCCUUCCCCGAAAGACCUGAGCUCCUGGUGGAAGCAGCUGGAGGACAGAGGAGCUUCCAGCAGAAGAGUUUUCCCCUGGCAGUGAACAUGGCUGCACUCUUCCAAGAAGCAAGCAGCUGUCCCAUCUGCUCAGACUAUCUAGAAAAACCAAUGUCCCUGGGGUGUGGAUGCAGCGUCUGCCUCAAGUGCAUCAACUCACUGCAGAAGGAGCCCCAUGGGGAGGACCUACUUUGCUGUUGCUGUUCUGUGGUCUCUCAGAAGAACAAAGUCAGGCCCAAUCGGCAGCUAGAGAGGCUGGUUUCCCACAUCAAGGAACUGGAGCCCAAGCUGAAGAAGAUUCUACAGAUGAACCCAAGGAUGCGCAAGUUCCAAGUGGAUAUGACCUUGGAUGGCGACACAGCCAACAACUUCCUCCUCAUUUCUGACGACCUCAGGACCGUCCAAAGUGGGCGCAUCAGACACAAUUGGCAAGACCGUGCCGAGAGAUUUGACUUGUCCAUUUGUGUCCUGGGCUCCCCUCGCUUUACCUGUGGCCGCCACUACUGGGAGGUAGACGUGGGAACAAGCACAGAAUGGGACCUGGGAGUCUGCAGAGAAUCUGUUCGCCGGAAAGGGAGGAUCCAGCUGACCACAGAGCGUGGAUUCUGGACUGUGAGUUUGAGGGCUGGAAGCCGCCUCUCUGCCAGCACCGUGCCGCUGACUUUCCUCUUCGUAGACCGCAAGUUACAGCGAGUGGGGAUUUUUCUGGAUAUGGGCAUGCAGAACGUUUCCUUUUUUGAUGCUGAAAGUGGUUCCCAUGUCUAUACAUUCAGGAGAGUCUCUGUUGAGGAGACACUGCGCCCAUUUUUGGCUCCUUCAAGUCCACCUAAUGGUGAUCAGAGUGUCUUGAGUAUCUGUCCUGUGAUGAACCCAGGCACUACUGAUGCUCCAGUCCAUUCUGGGGAGGCCAAAUAAGCCGCCACUGCAAAAAAAAAAAAAGGGUAAGAAAAUUACUUG